UCAUGUGACAAUGUUUCAGACGAGGACGUGAACUAGCGACUGUCUUGUUUACACUGUUUGUUUGUUUGUUUGUUGUUUUUUUUUAAUUAAAAGGCAAACCGACCGUGUGUUUGGACCUACAGCGAGCUUUCAGUACAUAAAGAAGUCUCAAGAACCCAAGGAGACAGGCAGAAUGGGGUUAUUUCUGUAUCUGAGUGUAUUCCGGAUGUUCCUGUGGGCUUCUGCACUGCACUCAGAGAUGCAGAUCAAGCCACUGAUUUAUGAUGAGCAGUUGCUGUGGGUGAGCAACGGAGCAGGUGAGGUGAACACGUAUCGUAUCCCUCUGCUGACAUUCACUUCUCGAGGCAGCCUGCUGGCCUUCACCGAGGCCAGGAAAGACUCGUCAGGUGACAUCGGAGCAAAGUUCAUCGCAAUGAAACGCUCCAUAGACAGAGGAGCUACAUGGUCUCCUACAUCCUUCAUAGUGGAUGAUGGCAUUCUGGUGGAUGGCUUGAACCUUGGCUCGGUCGUAGUUGAUGAGCAAACAAAGUCCGUGAUCCUCAUCUACUCUCUGUGCUUCCACCUAUACAAUUGCAACCCCUCCAGCACCAUGUUAGUGGAGAGUCUGGAUGAUGGUUUGACCUGGAGCAAUCCUCGAAAUCUCUCUGUCCAGCUCGGGGUGAAGAGCUUUGCCCCUGGGCCGGGAUUCGGCAUUCAGAAACGCUUGAGUCCAGCAGCAGGCCGUUUGGUGGUGUGUGGUCACGGCACUAUCGAGGGCGACGGGGUUUUCUGUAUCCUGAGCGACGAUCACGGGCGCAAUUGGAGGUACGGAGGCUCACUGAAGAGCAUCCCUUAUAACCAGCCCAAACAGAGCCAGGACUUCAACCCUGAUGAGUGUCAGCCGGUGGAGCUGCAGGACGGCAGCAUCAUGAUCAACGUGCGGAACCAGAACAACUACCACUGCCGCUGCAGGAUGGUGGUGCGCAGCCUGGACGGAGGAGAGACUCUGCCCGUGGAGGAGCUGAAGUUCGACCACACGCUGGUGGAUCCCGUAGUGGCGGCUGGAGCUCUGCAGAAGGAGGACGUGCUGUUCUUCAGCAACCCGGCCAACUCCGAGAAGAGGGUGAACAUGACUCUCCGCUGGUCUUUUACUAACGGGACGACGUGGGAAAACGAGGCCAUGCAGAUCUGGGCCGGGCCGAGCGCGUACUCCUCCAUGACGUCUCUGGUCGGCAACACCGUCGAAGAUAAGAAGUACAUCUACGUCAUCUACGAGAAGGGCCACCUAGAAUCCACCGAGUCGAUCUCCGUCGCCAAAAUCCACCUGUACGGCGGCAGGUAGAGCGAGAAGGCGGUGCGCUGCGGGAAAGAAAAAAGGAAACGGAAGUUAAACGUCGCACGAAAUUCAGGCGUGAUCUGAAUUUGCAGUAAAUUGCUGAGAUUGAUCUGCUUGCUGUUUGCCACACGUGACCAAGGCGUGACUCAUUGUACACGGACAAAGAAAUAGAAAAAGUCCUGGAUACCGCUUGAUCGACUGUCUUCCAAAACUACAGACAAGAAUAUUUGAUUCGGAGCUACGGUAGUUUUACGGAUAUCCAUUUCAAACGAUUGAUCGAUUUUGUUAAUCAUUACUUUUUGAACCGAAUGGUCACUUCUAUCGCUGGUUUUAUUACAUCGACACACGUUUCUGUACGAACUCGUGAACCACACGUUUCAUGUCACGUGACGAUCAUUAGCAUAAGAACUUUGCGGGAUUUGAACUCCGCGAAUGAGUUCAUCAACUCAGGUGUCUUUUGUCCUCUGGCUUUUUCUUUUGAGCUUUAUAGUUUUCUAUAAAACUCUUCAUACAGUACUGGACUUUGGGAAUUCUUGCAGUAUUACCGUAUAGUACGACAAAAUGUGAAUGAAAACCAUUAUACCAUUAUAUAGCUCCAAUAAAUCUACGUGCCAUUCUAGAUUUUAUAUUAAAUAUAUAUUUCUCAGAAUUAUGUCGAAGAUUGCGUGCAUGCGGUGCGUGCGUGCGUGUGUGUGUGUACGCACAGGCAACAGGGCCCAUCCUGUUUGUGAGCUGACCUCAGAUUUAAUGUAUAAGGAAUGAAGUGCUCAUUGGUAUAAACAACUUAAUACGAUGGAGAUUUGUCACGCAUGCGUUUUGAAAUUGGGAAGAAGUCGGAUGUAGAAACGUAACGAGAAUCAGAACCUUUAUCAGAUAUUCAGCAAAUGUACAGGAUACAAAAAAAUCUCCAAAUAAGCACAAGGGCACAGGUUAACUCUUAAAUGUGUAUUAUUAUUUAUUUAUUUAAAAAAAAAAUAAAUACAUUUUGAGAAUUGUUCAACGUUAAAAUUUAGAAAACAUAAAUAAUAAUUCUGAAAAUUUUCCACUAGGUUUCUUUGUUCUUAAAUGAGCAACAGUGUGUUUUUUUUGUUUUUUGUUUUUUUUUUGGAAAUUUUUCAUGGAAUUAGCAAAUACACAACCACAUUAAUAGCAUGAGCUCAUGAGGACUUUCUAAUGAUUUAUUUCAUAAAUAACUCGCUUUCAGUCUAUAAUUUGGGCAACAAGGUUGUACUUUUGUCGGUCAAUGCCAAUGUAUUAUUGAAAAUAAAAGAAAAAAAAGGAUAAGAUUUUUUAUUUGUUGGGCUUUUCUUCAUCUCGUGAUCUUCAGGAAAUUCCAAAUAAGUGUUCAGGUAAUAGGGUUGAGUGAAUUAAAUAAAAUGUACGUUUUUUAUUACAUUUUUUUGUAACCUAUAAUGGGCGACUUGUGGAAAAGGAUGUUUCGAGCAUGAGAUGUUAAAUGGAUUCACACCUUGAUGGAAAAUACUAAUCAUUAAAUCUUAGCUUUCAAGGUUAGGCGGUUACCUGUGUUUGAAAUGUCUUUUACCUUUACGUACAUAUUUGUAAAUAUAAUAUCAGUGGCACACAAAAAUAUCACCUCAAUCGUAGAACGACGCACACGCAGAUAUAUACCACGUGAAUGCUAUAUGUAUAAUGCUACAGUAGGUAAUAAAUAAAGUGGAAUUAGUCUUCUAAAGACUUUCGUGCCACUUUUUGUCGUUAAGUGUACUACAAUACAUCCAUCCAUCCAUUU